AUGGCUUCAGGAGGCAUGAGACAAUGUAUUCAGGAUAUCACUCCGUAUCUAACCUUUUUAAUCUUUAUAUCAACCCUUGGGCCUUUACAAUUUGGUUUUCAUUUGUCGGAAUUAAACGCACCUCAAGAUGUCAUUACAUGCAAGAAGCAAAAUGACGCCAAUUCUAUCGCCAUCGUUCGUAACAGCCUUCCACAAUGUAUACCUAUGAACGAAGCCGAGUUCGCCGCUCUCUCAUCGCUCUUCGUCCUUGGUGGCUUACUAGGAGCGUUGGGUUCAGGUGCCGUGUCGACGAGUUAUGGAAGAUUGUUUGCCAUGAGAAUCACAAGCGUUUGCUUCAUAGCAGGAUCAAUUCUGGAAAUCUUUGCGGGCACAGUUCCAGUAAUGUCUGUUGGAAGAUUCUUUUCAGGUAUCGGGGCAGGGGCUUCCACAGUCGUGGUGCCAAUCUACAUAUCCGAAAUUGCACCACCAAAAGAAAGGGGGUUAUUUGGAUCCAUGACACAAAUUACCACGAAUGUAGGAAUUCUACUCACUCAGGUUCUAGGUUACUAUUUAAGUAAAGGAUCGAAGUGGAGGAUCAUAUUGGCAGUCGGGGCAGGACUUGGCUUGUUACAAGGAGUUGGGCUGUUAUUCAUUCCGGAAAGUCCAACAUGGCUUGCCGCACAUAAAGACCCUCAAAUGGCUAUGAGAACACUUCAGCGGAUUCGGGGACAUGGUUCUUCCAUCGCGGAAGAGAUCCAAGACUGGAAUAUUGAGCCCUCAGGAGAAGAAGAAGAGCGCCUGUUGCUUGAUCCGGAGCUGACUCGAAGAAAUUCCGUCGCUAGCAAGGCAUCCUCACAAAAGUCCACCUCGAACGUCGGAUUUUUUCAAGUCAUCAGAGAUCCGCUCUAUCAGCCUGCAGUAAUCGCCGUCAUUGGUAUUAUGUUUGCCCAACAACUGUGUGGUAUCAACAGCAUCAUCAUGUAUUCCGUAUCACUGCUUUCUGGUCUUCUUCCUGUUUCUUCAUCUAUCGUCACAAUCCUUAUUUCGGUUGUCAACCUGAUCGCAACAGUCGCAUGUGCCCCCUUAGCUGACAAAAUUGGUCGAAAGGCAUGUCUUCUCCUCUCUAUAACAGGGAUGGGCACUAUGUCUCUUGUUUUGGCCCUUUCUCUACGGUGGGAGACCAAGGUUCUCUCUGCAAUAUCCGUCAUCCUAUUCGUGACUUUCUUCGCAACAGGACUCGGUCCUGUCCCUUUUAUAAUGGCAUCGGAAUUCGUCGGUCCAGAAGCUGUUGGUGCAACCCAGAGUGUAGGAUUGGCAGCCAACUAUGUUGCUACAUUCCUAGUAGCUCAAUUCUUCCCAAUCAUCAACACGAAAUUAAAUAGAGCAUUAGGAGGUGUAGGUUGGGCAUAUUUCAUAUUUGCAGCGCUUGCAGUGUUGUCUGGAAUAUUUGUGAGUUGGAGGGUUCCCGAGACUAGAGGCAAGAAAGAUGUCGAUGAAGUUUGGGGAAGGACAAGAAGGGUUGAUUGA